AUGUCUUUUCAUCGCAUCACGGACUCAUUUACUUUGCAAUACCAGUCUACUUUUCAAAUCAUUCUGAGAGUGGCUACUCUCCGAAUACAUUCCCUUAAAUCAUCGCCAACUAUAUCAAUUCCUUCCGCCAUGAAGCCCGUAAUAUUUGUUUUAUUCUCUUUGAUUGGUACUUGCUGCAGUUACGUGAUAAACACAGGUAAAGCAUCACCUGAACUUGAAGAACGUCAAUGGAAUGGUGGUCUCUGGAAACGAGAUGCCUCCCCCGAAGCUGAACUUGAAGAACGUCAAUGGAAUGGUGGUCUCUGGAAACGAGAUGCCUCCCCCGAAGCUGAGCUUGAAGAACGUCAAUGGAAUG